ACGAGCCUUGUCUCCUGGUAUAUAUCUCCCCUCUCUCUAUGUCUCUACACACACUCCUUCUAUGACCCCCUCCUCUUACCUGCCUCUCCCGACAGCGAUGCGCGGCAGCAGGUCGUCGCUGACCCUAGGUUGGCGACGGCGCACGAGCUGCAUUCUCCUCGUGGCCGUCGCAGUCUUUCUUUUAUUCGAAUACGCUUCCUACCGCACAGGCGACACAGAUACAGAUGAUCUCCAAAACAGCAAUGCAUCGGUCGACCCGACAUUAGACUCCAUAUAUUUACCCUUCCGGCCGCCGAAGCAGGGUCCUUUGCGGCGGAAGCUCAGGCCGUCGCUAUCACUUCCGGCAGCAUGUUUAGACGCGCACUUGUCGAAAGGACAGCUGUGCUAUAAUCCUACCGAACCCAGGUUCGAUGUUCUCUGGACAUGGGUCAACGGCUCGGAUGCUUGCUUCAGGACGCGAAGACUCGUGUCCAAGCGAGCCUCGCGAAAGACGACAUAAGGCAGCCCACCUCUUCUGGUGGGAGGGGAGGUCGACAAUUUCGCGAUCACGACGAGCUGCGCUAUUCGCUGCGCAGCGUCCUGUCUAAUUUCAGGCCGUAUCUCGGCAGAUAUCAUCUGCUCACUACCGACUUUGCCAUGCCCGACACUGUCGAGAAUUUGACGGCGCCAGCCGACUAUCGACUGGGCCAAGUACCACAGUGGCUCGACGUGGACAAGAGACCCUGGUCGGACAACCAUGUCCAGCUGUCCAUCAAGCAUCACGCUCAGGUGUUCCAUCCCUACGACGACAAUGUGUUUAACAGUUAUGCGAUAGAAUCCCAGUUCGGGCAUCUUGAUGACAUUUCGGAGAACUUCAUCUAUAUGAACGAUGAUUUCUUCCUCUUGAGACGUCUCACGCCACGGUCAUUUUACACGUCAGCUUACGGUCCGGUUCUGCGAAUGCAGAGCGAUCUUUUGGUUGCGCCGACGCAGUAUCGGAACAACGUGAAAGGCGAAUGGCGGAGCCUCGCUUCCAGCAACCGCUUGCUCAGCGACCGCUUCGGCGUGCGGCACCGCCCGUACGUGACGCACGAGGCCAAAAGCGCCUCGCUCCCGCUCCUGCACGAGAUGUCGCAGAUCUGGGAGGCGCAGUUCGCGGCGACGGCGACGCACCCGUUCAGGGAGACGAGGAUCGCGCUCGGGAACGCCGACCCGAGCGUCAUGUACAUGCUCGUGCACUUCACCAUCGAGCGCUGGCGCGAGGCGCUCCUCUGGUCGUGGGCCGUCGCGAAGCACGGGACCACCACCGACAGGUGGUCGCCCGAGGCCAUGGCGGCCGCCUGGACGGAACUCGGCGGCGCGCCCGGCGAGUACGGCAGGCUGGGCGUGUACGCUGGCCGCCGCGGCACCGUCGACCCCGACCGCGUCUCGGCCAGCUUGCGGGCAAGCGGGCACAAGCAGGCUGACGGGACCGUCUACGAUUUUUCGUCGCUCGACGGCUAUCCGUACAUAAACUUCAGCCCGUCGGGCGGUCCGAAGCGGAACAAGUGGCCGCGGUACACGCACGACGUCGACGAGAAGGACCUGCUGCAGUGCUCGCUCGACUACGACAAGUGUUUCGUGGACGCGGAGCACAAGCCCUUCACACACGCGAGCGAGGUCUUCAAGAACAUCGCCUUCCGGGAGGCGCAAUGCGGCGACUGCAUCACGCUCGCCCUGCUCAAGGCCAGCGGCGAACUGGGCCUCGAGGCCUUCCUGCCUCCGUCCGACCGCGUCGUCUCGUUCGACGCAGGAGGCUUCGCCCCCGAAGACAUCGACCCCGUCGCGCACCUGCCGCUCAACGACCGGUGGGAGGACGGCGAGUUCGCGCUCUCAGACGUGCUGAGGGGCACCAAGCACGCGAACGUCCGCGGGUGGACGCUGCGCCUGCUCGAGCGGUACCGCUUCGUUAUUGGAAGCACCCCCGGGCACUUCGCGAUGAUCUCCGGGCCGUCGGCGCUCAAUGGCAUGGUGGCACACCUCAAGAAGAACCCCGACGUCGCGCUGCUGUGCGUGAACGACGACAUCACGGUCGACGACGACAAGGUCACCGCGCUCUUCAAGAACUGGGCGAGCGAUCACUGGGGUACUCCCGCGCAGUGGGAGCAAUGACACCCGUGUUUGCUUUCACCCUUAAGUGGACUCUCUGCAUGUGCCGGUCACCCACUCGUUCGGAUGGUCGGACACUGCUUCAUCUCUGUACUUUUUUUCUGUUUGUUUGUGAGGGCUUUCGGGGACUCUGUUAUGUGGCGUCUAUAUGCUGCCUGCAUAAUUUUCAUACCUACACUCACGUCAAACCAAGGGAUCACAGCGGCGCUGUCCAAUCGUAUAUGUAUCGUUCAUCUAGGCCUACAUUUUACACAUGUAAUUCAGUACAAGCAUAAGAUACAAACAAAAACAGCUAGUCAGUGUUUUAGAGGGGUGUCCGCUGAACGUUGUUUGCGACGUUUGUGAAGAAGCGUUCUACGACAGACUUGCCGCGGCGCAAGUUGGUGAGAGAAAUGCGCUCGUUCGGGAGAUGGGCUUGGUCCUGUCAAUUGGUGUC